CGCCGUUUCUGGAGCGGAUUGGAACCCGGAGUCAGGAUUUGGUCAAUGAAGGGGUUUUGCAGAAAAGGUUGGCAUAAUGGCUGAACAGACACCAGAUGAGUUCAUCUGGUGCGAGGACUGUGGCCAGUACCAUGACUCUGAGUGUCCUGAACUUGGGCCGGUGGUGACUGUCCAGGACUCCUUCGUCCUCAGCCGAGCUCGCUCGUCUCUUCCAGACAGCCUGGAGAUCAGAGAGGUGGGAAAUGGCGAGGAGGGGGUGUUUGUCCUGCACCGGCUGGUCAAGAGGACUCGGUUUGGGCCCUUUGAAGCAAAGAGGGUUCCCCACCUGGAGAAGGAAGGAGCGUUCCCCCUGAAGAUCUUCAAGAAGGACGGUGUGGUGGUGUGUUUUGACUCCAGCAGUGAGGAGGACUGUAACUGGAUGAUGCUGGUGCGACCUGCCAGUGACCACAAGCAUCAGAAUCUGACGGCUUACCAGCAGGAUGACGAAGUGUUCUUCAACACCUCCCAGGAUGUGCUGCCAGGAACAGAGCUGAGAGUCUGGUAUGGAGCGUUCUACGCCAAGAAGAUGGAGAAGCCCAUGUUGAAACCCCCACUUCAGCCACCGCUGCCUCCACCAGAUGUGACAGCUCCAUCUGCUAAAUCUGAGAUCUCAGAGAAAAGUGGAGCCCAGCUGCCUCCAGCGGCUGAAGACAGCAGCGCAGGCGACAUGCUGAGCCACCUCAACGAGGUAAAGACGGUAACGGUGCUUCCAGCAGAGCAACUCCUGCCCCAGGGGGAAUGCCUGGUUGGUCCUGAUGAGGAGGAGGGCAGCUCCCCCGCAGCGCAGCCCAGCCCCAAGAGAGGGCACAGCCGAGGGAGGAGAGCUAAAGGACGCAGGCCCAGUGCUGCAGCUGCAGCAAGCAAAAACAGAGAUGUGAAGCCCCCACUGGUGAGCUCGGAGCCUGUAGCGUCAGAGGGGGGAGCAAGAGCGGCAGAGAACAGCAGCCCACUGAGCGCUCCAGACAGCGGGCCUGUCCUGAAGAGGCACAGAGCGAGAGAGCACAAGAAGGUCUACGCUUGCCCCCGCUGCAACAAGGUCUUCCAGAACAGCAGCAACCUCAACAGACACAUCCGAUCUCAUGGUGAUAAGCUGUUCAAGUGCGAUGAAUGUGACAAGUUGUUCAGCCGUAAGGAGAGCCUGAAGCAGCACAUCUCAUACAAGCACAGCAAGAACGUGCCUGACCAAGAGUACAAGUACAAAUGCAACACGUGUGAGAAAUCUUUUCGCCUGGAAAAUGCCUUAAAGUUCCACAACUGCCGGACAGAUGACAAGACGUUCCAGUGUGAUAUCUGCUCGCGGUUCUUCUCCACCAACAGCAACCUCUCCAAGCACAAGAAGAAGCACGGCGAGAAGCUCUACUCCUGUGAAAUCUGCAACAAGAUGUUCUACCGCAAAGACGUGAUGCAGGAGCACCACAGGAGGCACGGUUUGGGACCAAAGCACAUGAAGAGAGAGGAGCUGGAGGCCAAUGGAGAAGAAGGGACCAAGUACAGGAAGGAGCCGUCACCCUGUCCCAUUUGCAGCAAGGUGUUCUCCUGCAGGAGUAACAUGAACAAGCAUCUGUUGACUCACGGCGAUAAAAAGUACACCUGUGAGAUCUGCGGCCGCAAGUUUUUCCGUGUAGACGUCCUCCGAGACCACAUUCACGUGCACUUCAAGGACAUAGCCUUAAUGGACGAGCAGGAAAGGGAAGGCUUCAUCAAGAAGAUCGGCAUUUCAGCGGACGACAGUGACGAAACAGACGAGGACGAAGACGAAGAUGACCCAGAGCACCAUAAGUACAACUGCAAGAAAUGCCAACUGUCAUUUGCAAAAGGAAAAGAGUACCUGAAGCACAUCAUGGAGCAGCACAAGGAGAAAGCCUACGGCUGCGGGAUCUGUAACCGACGCUUUGCACUCAAAGCCACUUACAACGCUCACCUGGUCAUCCACCGAGAGCAGCUGCCCGACCCUUCGGUGCAGAAGUACAUCCAUCCAUGUGAGAUUUGUGGGCGAAUCUUCAAUAGCAUUGGAAAUCUGGAAAGGCACAAGAUCAUCCACACAGGGGUGAAGAGCCACGGCUGUGAUAAAUGCGGCAAAUCAUUUGCAAGAAAGGACAUGCUGAAGGAGCAUCUCAGGGUGCACGACGACAACCGAGAGUACCUGUGCGCCGAGUGCGGGAAAGGUCAUCGCACGCCUCUUUUCCCACCGUGUAAACUUGUACAAGUAGACUUGAACUGGUGGUGGUUGAAUUAUUCUGAGAUUGUGUCAACGUUUGCCCACGCAGGUAUGAAGACCAAACAUGCUCUGAGGCACCACAUGAAGCUCCACAAGGGCAUCAAAGAGUACGAGUGUAAGGAGUGUAAGCGCAAGUUCGCCCAAAAGGUCAACAUGCUGAAACACUACAAGAGACACACAGGUAUAAAGGACUUCAUGUGCGAGUUGUGUGGAAAGACUUUCAGUGAGAGGACCACACUAGAGACUCACAAGCUCAUCCACACAGUGGGUAAGACGUGGACAUGUCCCACAUGCGAUAAGAAAUAUCUGACCGAGUACAUGCUGCAGAAGCACGUCCACCUGACCCACGAAAAGGUAGAGGCCCAGUCGUGUCACCUCUGCGGGACAAAGGUGUCCACUCGCGCUUCUAUGAACCGACACCUGCGACGCAAACACCCCGAGGUGGUGUCUGUGAGAAUCGACGAGUUUGAUGAUCUUCAGGAAAAUUUGACAAUGAAUGAUUCAUCUAUCAGCAUUGUGCAGCCCUCUCUGACCAUGGAAAAAGACGGGAUGUCUCAGGAGCGGCCCAGUCGACCUUCCCGACACCCCAAGAAGAAGCAGAGAAGCUCAGCUGAGCCGGAGCUCUCCGAGUCUGAUGAAUACGUUGAUUUCGCUGAACCAAGGCACGAAGCCAUGUCAGAAUUCAACGCCGUCAUUGUCGGUGAUGAGACUGAGACGAGCUCUGCUGUACAGAGCAUCCAGCAGGUGGUGGUUCUGACCGACCCCAGCGCUCCAUCAGCCUCCUCCCCCAACAGCUCAGUGGGACUGACCAACAUCACAGUCACGCCCAUCACCAGCCACGCCCCUGCCCAGUUUACCAGCCUGCAGCCUGUCGCCGUGGGCCACCUGACAGCCAGCGACCGGCCCCUCACACUGGACAACUCCAUCCUCACGGUCACCUUUGACACAGUCAGUGGCUCCGCUAUGCUGCACAACCGAUCUGCAGAACUCAUCCCAGAGACUGUAGGUCCUGCUGGAAGCGGGACACCCCAGUCCGUCGCCCAUUUCAUCAACCUCGCCACUCUGGUCAACCCCAUGGGCCACCAGCUAGAGGCCCCGACUCUGGCGUGGAGGCCUGUACCUGCAGCUGAGGGCAGCCAGGUCACUCCAGUGGUGGAGGGUGCACAAGGGGAGAGUCAGGAGGCCCAGAGCCAGGGCCCAGAUCCAGGCCGGCCCAGCCAGAGCCAGCCAGCCACCCCUCAGCAGCAAAGCAGUUCUGCGCAACAGAUGUUCAGCUACUGAGCAGACACUAGGGGUGCAGGUCACCUCACACAGAUACUGUUACAUAGUAGAGUAGAUUUUUAACAAACUGUACAAAGUUGUGAUCACUGUCACCCAGAUGCCUCUCCAGCCCAAUGGAAGCAAAUGGUAUUGUAAUAUUUUUUUAAUACUAAAAAGGAAAACAAAUUGACAGUUAGUGAAUCUCUUUUUGAGAAAAUGAGGAAGAAAAUGUGCAUUUAGCCACAAUCACUGACGUCUGAAACCAAAGCAACUGUUGAAUAUUCUAACACCUUACCAGCCUUGGGGGAAAAAUGCAUGUUUUCGAGAUAAACCUGCUGCUUGAACAAUGAGAUGUGGAAAUGCACCAACAUGAAAAGCAGAUGAACUUUGUGACAAAUAAAGUGAAAAUACGUUGACCACAUUAUAAUAACACAUGGUAUUUGGUGUAUUCCCUAAAGCAGCUGAAUGCUGUAAACUGUAAUUAUUGUCAAACUGUCUGAAAUAAAUAUUGGCAGACAUUUUUUAAAAAUUA